AUGCAGAGCUCCGGCAGCCCACGCACUUCCUCGGCUGAUGCAACCCUCCUCUCCUCGCCCGCUGAGCUGGAGCAGUUGGUGUGUGGGGGCCGCACCCUGGACCUGUCAGAACUGGAGGCCGCCACACACUACGACGACGGCUACAGCAGCACCACGCCCGUCAUACGCUGGUUCUGGGAGGUCGCCCACUCUCUGGAAGAGGCGCAGCGCAAGCGGCUGCUGUCGUUCAUCACGGGGUCCGACAGGGUGCCCAUAAAGGGCCUCGCCCACCUCACCCCGCCUUUUGUGAUAUCCCCGAACGGCGGCCACAGCGACCGGCUGCCGACGGCGCACACCUGCUUCAACCACCUGCUGCUGCCGGUAUACAGGGACAAGGAGACGCUGCGGGCGCGGCUGCUGCUGGCCAUCGAAAACGCCGAGGGCUUCGGCCUGAUGUGA